GUUGCUAGUGUACAAGAAUGGGGCAUCUCAACCGGUAGAAUUAUAAAGAAGAACAUCAUUUUAUGUACUAUACUAUACCGAUAUGAUGAACGAAAUGAAUGAAUGAACAUAAAGUAUGUACUACCCCCCCAUGCAAGGCCGUCGCUUAAUUUUUAUCUGUCCCCGGAAACGAACUGCGGUCCGAUCCAUGAUCUUCGCAACAAGCGCAAUCAACGCAUCAGUGCUGCAUGUGCCACUGUGUUACUACCAUUAUACCGACUGUUCGGUAUACGCAGUAGUAUUAUUGCCACCGGUAGUAGUAGUACUAGUACUAGUUACAGCACUUUUACUUAAACGUCGAUCCGGUAACUUGCCACAUGGUUUUCAUUAUCGUGUAUGCAUUUUCGACCCUAAAUCGGUGAAAGGGGGAAGAGGCCGAUCACCUUCUGCCUUCCUAUAUAAAUACCAAAAUUUAUCUUUUUUUUCAUGAUGCACCAAUGGGGACCAUGGAUUCACUAUAUUAGUAUCUGAUGAGGGAAGAAGACACUCACUGGUAGGAAAGAAAUCCCGCGGGCACGAGUACUAGCUUAUACAACCUUCCAUGCA